AUCAGGGGAGAUAACCGUUACAAAGACGUUGCGAUUGACCCGACAUAAAAACGUGAUGAAAGUUGAGAAGGUAUGUUUACUUCCUUAGUGGAUAGAUAACAUAGAUGUGUGUUGUCCUGUCACUGAAUUGUAUUGGACGCGAGGAUCGGGACGUGUGUGACAUCGGACGACGGUGAUCUCCAGUCCAAGUCUGGGAUAUCUACACCUGUCUAAUUGUUACCUGUGUUUCUAACUUCCUGGAUACAAUCCACCAUGGACGGCCUAUUGUACGCGGGACUACUGUUACUCUUACAACCCACAGUCAUUACAGGCUAUAAACAUUUCAAUUGUACUUCGAUCAAUGCGCCACAUAUUGGAUGUGACGUAUUUCAUGGGAGUGGUAACGAUUGUCGUCCAGACAUCCUGAAGACAGAUUUCUCUAACCUGUACUCUGACGGAUUAGAGUACCCAGAGAAGCCGUAUGAUUUUAACGUGAACAUCAGUUACCUAUACUACUCGGGGCACUCCAACGCCUCCUACCCAGCAUUUAAUAUCUCCAUUCGGCCGCCUAUGACAAGUAGUUACAAAGAUGUAAGAGGAUUUGAAAUUACAUACAUGGAACUAAUUGCUGGAAAUACAGAUGUUAAAUGUAUCAUCUUCAAUCUGACUGGUCAGAUCACGAAAGACGACAAAGAGAAUCAGGUGACCUUCCGAGCUGAAUCGGUUGGUCCUGUCCCGAACAGAGCAGAUUUCCUCCUAAUGGCCUACAGUUUACCAAAGCCAGCCGCUCAUUACGAUAAGGACAUGUCUGUUGGUGUGUCGGUCCACACCGGUCCGCCGUUUAAUACAACCUAUCCAUCCGCAGAUUCCUGGACAACUUCUAUAACAUACAGAAACUUUUCUCAGCAAAUCUACUUCUCUUUCCGGAGCCCGCCUCUACGCUUCAACUUCCAGUACUUCAUUGUCAACUUGCAUAGAGUGCCUGAUGACAUAGAAACAACUGGUCCCGUAGUCGAACGUAAAAAUAUAUCUGAGUAUUCUGGAGUGUUCACAGAUCUAUCGCCGGGAUGGUACCGACUUAAGGUUUAUCCCGACGAUCUAUAUUUCCAAGAUAUGAAAAAAUGUCUGUGUAAGGAUAGUUACAAUGACUGUUCUACCUGUACGAGGACUAUAACGGGUGCCAUGUAUAUACACGAGCCUCCCAGCUCAACACCUAGCCCCCGUACCCCCACUACACAGGAACCCUCGGCCUUACGUACGACUUCCAAUGGACUAGAAGACACGACAGGCAAGGUUGUAGGAAGCGUGGUUGGCUCGUUUCUUGGUAUAAUUCUCAUCGCAAUCAUCGCCUUUUUCUGCUUCAUGUACAGAAGGAAACAAGGAAAAAAACAAGACCCUGAACCAGGAAAAUAUUUACCAGGACAGGAAAAAGGUCAAAUAAAUACGAAUUACGUCAAUGACGAGAAAACUGCAACCACAGGUAACCAAGGUCUAGGGCUGUUGAAGAGACAGAAAGUGUUUCUUGUGAACACCGAAGACCAUCCCAAACAUCUAGGCGUGCUGAAAUCAUUCACCACUUUCCUGGAGAAAGAAUGCCUUUGUGAUGUGACCUUCGCCCCUGAUUCUAAAAUAGGUGACAAGUCGCAAUGGAUAGCACGCUCCAUGGACCUGGCGAAUUUCAUUCUGGUGGUGCACUCUUCCGCCGCAUACCUUCAGUAUAAAUCCUGGAAGGAGAAUAAAGGAGAACUGUGCUAUCAACCACUUACCAAGGCGGGGGAUAUUUUUGUACCAGCACUCCAGCAAAUCACAGAACGUUUGAGCAGAGGCAAGGAUGUGGAGAAGUUGAUCUCUCUUCAGUUUCCUUAUACGACUGACAGAUUUGUCAUCAAAAACCUGUUUCGUGGUACAGUGUUUAAUAUCCCUACCCACUUAGACGAGUUCCUGUGCCACAUACACGGUCUGAAACCUUCACAAGGUAGGUUGGAGGAAUUGAAGUUGCCUGUACGCGUCAGCAUCAGAUUGAGGCCUUCAGGUAUGAACCUUAUCGACGCGAUUAACGAAGCUAAAGAAUAUGAGAGUAUGCACAAGAUAAGGCUAAGUUCCAGCUCGGAAGAAUUCGAUUCUGGUCUUUGUGUGGACGAACCUGGUCAAAUGGAGUUUCUCUAUAACGGUGCUGAUUGUAACAGCAAUGAAUUGAUAGCCCAUACGUAUGAUAACACUAAUAAUCCAAACCGUCAUUAUGACUAUGCUUUCCAAGAAGGAACGGCCCCGAAUCAGUUAUCUCCAGAACCACAAACAACACAAUCAUACGAGUAUGUAGACAUGCAGAUCAAUACUCCACAGAGAAAGUUAUUCCCAAAGAAAUUCGAACAAAAAGAGAUGUGGUGUGCACCAGACUCGCUUUCGGAGGACAUUUCUGCUUACUUGGAGUUUGACGGAGACAACUCCUUAUACCAGCCCCAUCCUCCCAGUUACCUAGGCGAGGAGGACGUCCAGAGCAAACAGCUCCGAGACGAGAUAUACGACAUUAACCAACGCUACAUGACAAAGCAUGGCCUUCAGCUUCUAGAGAGCAGUCCAGAGGUCGAGGAGUGUCAGAGUCUCGGUGGUAUGAGUGUAUAACAUCCAGAGGUCGAGGAAUGUCAGAG